AUGUUGCGCGCCAGCACGCUAUUCCGCGCCUUCUUCCUACUGCUCGCCCUCCUCGCUGCGGUUACGGUGGCUCAGGAGCCGCAUCAGGAUGAUGACAGUGUCCCGGUCGCCAAUCUGCUAACGAAUGAGCAUUUUAGAAUACCCGCCGAACUCUGGGAGCAACUCCGCGCCGCCCAAGACGUUCAAGAAGCUCAGCCCAGGCAACGGCAGUUCGCCAGGAAUAGCCGAGCCAACGGCAAGCCAACGUUUAUCCGUUUCGGCAAACGCUCCAAGCCCCAUUUCAUCCGUUUCGGCAAGCGCGACCAGCAGAUGGGGUUGAUG